GCGCCCUCCCCGCUUCGCCUCUCGCUACCAUGUCUCAAGACAGCUCUCUUCCAGACUACAACCAGGCUAACACUAUGGGCGGAGGUUAUGGACCCGAAGCACAUCCUAUCGUUGUCACUGUCCGUUCCCCACUACAGUUGCAGGAUUCUGCGUCCACCACGGCGCCUACAUCUAUGCCUCCCCCAAGUGUGGAAAGCGCCAGAGAACAUCUCAUAGCUGGCUUGUGCGAGGGCCUGCGAGCGCUUGUUGAGAGCACCAGAGCUCCACUAACAGGGCCGCUUGUCAUCGAGCACCGCGAGCGACGCGUUGCGCUCGGGAGGAAGCGCAUGGAGAGCAUGAGUGGGAGGAACGCUGCGCUCUAUCUCAAGUCUAAGUUCGGGCUGCUGGCAGCGACUGCGCCGGUGCGGAUCGAGGCGGCGUUCCGGCGAGAGCAGGAUGGAGUGCUAGAGUGGAUGGAGGUGGACAUGGACGCAUGGGAGGAGUUGGUGCCACAUAUGCAUCGGCUGAUUAUACGGUCGUGAAUAGGGUCACGCAAAGCAAUAUCAUAGUGUUCAAAGGAUAUGUGAACGGAUAUCUCGGACAAGCGCAUAAAUAUGGUGAUAAAGAAUGAAAGAACGCGUACACUUCGCGCUCUACUCCAGCUCCGACCUGGUCA